ACGGCUGCUCCACAUACCACUUCUUCCUGUUGGUGAAAGAGCUUGUCUUAAACUGGUGAAAAUGCCUCAACUCCUACAAGGUGUCAUUUGUGUCAUCGAGACAUUCAAAAAAUAUGCAAGAAAGGAAGGUGAUUGUUGGACAUUAAGCUCGGAACAGCUAAAGCAGCUCCUCCUGGGGGAGAUUGGAGAGUUUCUCAAGCCAUUUGAUAUUCUUACUGCAGGAACCAAUUCAAAUCUUUUGGAUAGAGAUGGCGAUAAUUCCAUCGACUUCAAUGAAUUUCUCCUCCUGGUCUUUGACAUGAUGGAUAUGGUUUACCAAGACAUACAAUCUUUCCUAAAUCUGGAACCUAAAGCAGAAUCCAAUACAGAGGAAGAGUCGUCAAGGGAUGUGGAAUCAUGUGAGACCAGGGAACACUACCAAGAAGAAGCAGGACUGGGUCAAUAUGAGCAAAGACUGACAGGUACUGAAUCUCCAUCUCUGGUCAACCCCAUAGAAAAAGUACCUGACACGCUAACCAAGGAGGACCCUCAGGAUGAUCUUGAGACUCCCAGAUUGCUGGGAAGAGAAGUUGAACACAACCACCCUAAGAGUCAAUUCCAAGGUGAAGGAGAUGAGCAGAGCCCAGAAAGAAUGCAAGUCCAGGCAACAGGAGGUGAUCAAGUCCCGCCUGAAGAAAAAAGGUCGCCCAAGGAAUUUGUGAAGAGAGCCUGUUCUCAAAAGGAGGAGAAGAGUAUAAAUGAGGGAAAUGAAGUGUCCAGAGAGCAAGGUGGCACAAACACAAGGGAUCAGCCAGCAGAACAGGAAGAGCAACAAAACAUGGAGAUUCAGAGUGUACACACAGAAGAAACAGCACAGAAAGCAUCUGAGAGUCAAGAAAAGACCCUCAUUAAGGAGGCUGGGGAACACACUGAGACACAAAAGCCAUCAUCCCAAGAGAAUCGUGAGAGAGAAUCAGAGACAACUGACCUGUCAACAGAGAGGGUGGAGGAAAAACUGUCUGAAACCAAGAGAUUAGCAGAAUGCAGGGGUGAUGAUGGGACUGCAGAUAACCAGGAGCCACCAGUACAGAGAGAAUAUGAAACUCAAGACAUACUAGCCAAGACAGAAGUGCUUGUAGAUGAGGGGAAAGGGAAGAGAAAACCUGAGAACUCAGAAACAGUUGGGCAAAAAAUAAAUAAGGAAGACAAUCAAAUGGAAACCCUCACUGAACAAGAGCCUGAUGGGAAGGAAAAGCAACUUGAGGGACUAGCAGGAGACAGGGACAUUAGGAAAGACUCUGUAACCCCAGACUUAAAAUCAGGAGAUGAUCAGAACCACCCUGUACACAAAGGACCAGCAGCGUCAGAGGAGGAGGUCACAGUUUCUGAAAUAAGUGAACCAGAAUUCUCAGGAGACAACAGGAGUGCCUCUGUGGCAGAGAGAACACCAGAAACAAAAGACAGGGUGCAAGGAUCAGGACCGCAGGAUAACCAGUCUGGAGGGAAAUAUGGGAGAGUCACUCAGACUCUGGACCAACCAAGCGAGCGAUAUGAUGGACACAAGGUGGAGAAUCAGAAUGAUGGGACACUCUCUGAAACAUACAAUAAUCACGGAGAUGAUGAGAGUGGCUCAGCACCAAGGGACCUGCCUGCACAAAGUAACUGCCGGAGACAAGUGGAUGCCCAGGAACAGCCUGACCAAGAAGAUGGCAAGAAUCCCCAGGAAUCCUCAAUACUAGAUGACAAAAGUAGAACCCCCAAAACAGAGGUGCCAAUAGACAGAGAACACAAUGAGAAUACCACAGAAGAACUAGAACAACUCACCGAAGAAAAGAAGAAGAAAUCGUCAGUGGCUAAAACACCAGCCACACUAGAGGAGUCUGAGAGUCAGCAAGGGGCUCAGGAAUCCAUGAAACAAAAGGUAACAGCAACAUCCCCAAAGACAGAGAUCACAGAUCCUGCAGAUGAUAAUGAAGAUGGGCAACUUUCCAUAGUACAGGAAUCAGAGGGAAAAGACCAAGGGAAAGACCCAGAGGCUCAUGGCCCAGAUGAAAAAGAAGAAAGAGAAGACUCUGAGAGCCAGGAAGCCCCAUUAGAAGGUCGGGACCCAGAAACACAAGAUCUCACCCUGGAUUCAAGUCCUGAUACCCUGAAUCCAGUGAAGAGGGAAGACAAUAGCCCCCAGAGGCUAGCAGGAGAAGGGAGGGAACAACGUGUGGCAAAUAAAGAGGAUGAUUCUUCAUCAGGGCUCUCAGAGCAGGUAGAGAGGAAAGCCAGAGACACAGAGCCUUGUUCAUCCUCAGGAGAUGAGGUACAUUCCAACCCAGUAUAUGAAAAUGUCCAGAUGACACCUGCACAGCCUGACCUCCCAGCCCCCGAAGAGCGGCCAAGUCAAACUGAUACAACUCAGGCCUUUGGCCCUGAAUUGAGGAUAGAGAGAGAACCUCAGAGGAGUAAGACUUCUGAGCACCCAGCCCCCCUUGAUCCACUCUGUGGCUACAGACAAGAGCCAAGGCUUCAAGUAGGGGACCCUGAGCCUGAUGAAGAAUAUGACAGCCAGCAAGAGACCCUAGCAUCUCAGUCACGGGAAGAUGGCCAGCCUCGGCAAGACCAGCAAUAACAAAGAGAUGGCAGCCCAAAAAAGUAUUGAUUAUUAUCAGGGAGAAACCGUCAAUAGUGACCUUUGCCUAUCAAAAGCCCACCCAACCCCCGCUCCCACCACACAAACACCCACAAACGUACACACACACAUACAUCAUCAUCAUCAUCAUCAUCAUCAUCACCAUCAUCAUCAUCAUCACAAUCAUCAUCAUCAUCCUUUAAGUCUCCAUUCUGAAUUUUUACAAAACCAAGUAGCAAAACAUUUAGCCUUAGGAGUUACCAUCAAGGAAAAAAAUCUUCUAACCAAGUAAAUAGUUUUUUUUAAAUCUAGAAUAUGACAUGGAGUGGUCCACAAUGGGCUCUGGUCAUUUGGGCAUCCCUUCAUCUGGGGAUUCCUUUCCACUAAAAAUUUUGAGGUUCUCCCACACACACUUUUUCCUUUUUUCUUUUUACAUAAGAUAACAGUUUCUUCAAAUCAUGUAUUUUCAAGUUAUUGAAUCAAAGGGUUUUUAAUGAUGGCAAUGGAGAAGUAGUUUCUGAACUAUUAUUUCACAACCAAAGUAUGCUAUUCAUCCAUGGGCACAGAUAAGUUAUUCUUCUAAUAGAAUUUCCAAAUUCAUUCUAAAAUUCCAUAACUCAGGGGAAAUGGCCUUGCUUUUAGAAUCAGAUAACCUGGGCUUGAAUCUCAGCUGUUGUGACUAACUGGCCUUAGUAAGGUUAUUUAAACUUUCUGGACCUGAGUUUCCUCAUCUGAAAAAUGGGCUGGUUGACUAACAUACCUCCCAACUUUAAAUCUGCUCUCCUAUGUAUCCCAGAUAUUAGUGCUAAGACAUUUCAUCAUUCUCUAUCACCAGAUUAAUGACAUUACCCUUAGCUUUAAGGGGCAGGUACAAUAAGUCUCUUGAGUAACCUACUUCAAAGACUCUGGAUCAAAAAAACAGAGUGUGAGCAAAAUGGAAGAAUAUUUCGUGUGCGCCCAACUCCUACAGUAAUUAUGCAUAAAACAAUACCCCUGCUUGCUGUUGUCUUUUUGUCCAGACCUCUGAGCUCCCAGUGAGGAAAUUCCCUCCACCAAUGCUGCAACUCUCUAGGUCACAGAAAGAUUAAGCAAUUUGCCAAAGGUCAAACAGUCAGUCAGUCUUCAUCAGUCUUGAAGUUGGUCUCCUUGCCUCAAAGGCUGACUCACUUUCCACUGUGCCACACUCUCUCUACUGAUGUUUUAGUCCUGGCCUUUUUUAUUCAGAAUGCUGCAUGAAAACUGAAAAUAAAGUCUAAUGAUGAUCAA